GCCCGCCUGAGCACUAACAGCCGGCGGGCGCCCCGCAGCCCCGGGGGCAAGAACGAGUCUUCACCGAGAUGGGAGCGACGGUCGCUGUUCUCCUUCGGGCCGCACGCGAGGCGACGCGGGGCGAGGCGAGGCUGCGCGGGCGCUGAAGCCCCAGGCCGCCCGGCGGCCCCACCAGGAGCUCCCGCUGCCCCGCCGGGAGGGGCGCGAGCCAGGCGGCCCCGCGAUCGAGGCGCUCGGCGGUUCUGGGGCUGGCUCGGUGGCUCGGCGUUUGAUUCUCUCCCCCGGAAGCCCGCGGAGCGGACGUCGGUUGCUGGGCUGCCGCCGCCGCAGUCGGGCGGACGGAGGCUCUUGGCCAGGGGGCAGCGGCGAUGGAGGCGGCGGCCGAUCCGCGGUACCCCCGGUCUUCCAUCGAGGAUGACUUCAACUACGGCAGCAACGUGGCCUCGGCCAGCGUCCACAUCCGCAUGGCUUUUCUACGAAAAGUCUACAGUAUUCUUUCAAUUCAAGUUCUUUUGACCACAGUGACGUCUGCAAUUUUUCUGUACUCUACUCCAGUUCAGACAUUUGUGCAUGAAAGCCCUGCUUUGCUUUUGGCAUCUGUGCUUGGAUCUUUGGUUAUGAUUUUAGCACUAACCCUGUAUAGACAUCAGCAUCCUGUUAAUUUAUACCUACUCUUUGGAUUUACCCUUUUGGAAGCAUUGACUGUUGCUAUUACAGUGACUUUCUAUGAUGUAUCAGUUGUCUUACAAGCUUUUAUUCUGACUACUGCUGUGUUUCUUGGGCUGACUGUGUAUACUUUGCAGUCCAAGAGAGAUUUCAGCAAAUUCGGAGCAGGGCUGUUUGCUUGCUUGUGGAUUUUCAUCCUCUCCAGUCUCUUGAGGCUGUUUUUCUAUAGUGAGACAAUAGAGCUGUUGUUUGCUGCUGCGGGAGCGCUGCUGUUCUGCGGAUUUAUCAUCUAUGACACUCAUUUACUGAUGCACAGACUGUCCCCGGAAGAGUAUAUAUUGGCUGCCAUCAAUCUCUACUUAGAUAUCAUCAAUUUGUUCCUGCACCUGCUGCGCCUACUAGAAGCAUUAAAUAAAAAAUAACUGUAGGUGACCUGUAGUGAAACUCCUCCAUAAAUAGUGAAAUUUGGUGUAUAGAGGGUUGUGUCUAAAUAGGAUUGGUUUUGAUUAUAUACAAACUGCAGUAUAUUUUGAGAUCAAAUCUUACUAUUUUUCCAUUCCAUGAUUACUGAAUCUUUUUCUCAGAAAUGAAAGGGUUUUAUGUAACUGAUGCGUUUCUGCUCAAAAUAUAUAUUUUACUUUAGUUGCACGCUGCAGCCAUUUCAGUUACUUUUGUAACAGCUUUAUUUGUGACCAGGGUAGUUUUUGAUGAAAAUGCUUGUCAACUUCUGAUAGCCCUAACACGAACAGUCAGAAAAUCCCAUCAUUUUAUUUCUGCUAUCCUAUAAUUGUUGCGGAUGGUUCCUUUGGAAUCCUAAAUCUAUCUGGAUAAUAUAAGAUCAAGUCUCUUCAUUUUGUUAGUGUAUAGUGAUAUUUUACAUAAGCUAAAAUUCUCUCAUUCUAAAAAUGUAUAUUAGUGGGAUCUUGAUUUGAAAGACUUGGAAUUAUUAACUAGUAAAACAUAACUACACUUCCUUUAAAAGAUUUUAAUCUACUCUGGUUUAGAGCUAUGAGAUUAUUUUAUUACCAAGGACAAGUAUAAACAGAACAAUACAGAGUGUUAGAUUGCUCAAUUAUUUAUUGCCUAUCUUUCAGCUGUUGAUUAACAUAAAUAUAAUUGAAAGAUGGAAUGUUGUUUUGCACAUAUAAAAAUGUUGAGUCUGCAUAGAAUUAUAAAUGUUUGCAUGCAUUAAGAUUGGAAAAUCUGUUCAUCUAGCUGGACGGAUUGGAGAGCUCCAAAGAUCAAAUAGUGGAGAGAACUAAAAAUGUAAACCAUUGCUUAGCAGCAGCUCUUGUUACUUGGGAGACCUGGGUUCUGGUGUGAAUGUGGGUUCUGUUUUCCAGGCUGGUGAAAUUUUGGAAAGCCAGUGGGGGCAAAAUAAGAGGAGGCAAAGUGAAAGUUGUUCUUAGCAAUAAAGAACUGGGAUAGUUUAGGACCAGGUAUGCAGUUGGCUUGCUGAGAAGUUGGUCAAGGAGGACUGUAAGUGAAUGUUCUACCUGCUCUUAUAUUUGAGCUGUAUUAAGAAAUAUAAUAAAAUUUUAAAUGUUCAGUAACAAGA